AUGGACGAAAAUUCGGCCCGUUGCGUCGUUAGCUGCUCUCCUUCUCCUCCUUGUCCCAUCUUCCAAGCCCUAUUCUACCUGCUGUCCCUGACCCAAAAUCUGGCGAACACCACCCAAACCUUCGAAGUAGAACUUAAUUCACGGAUCAAACCGAUACAGCAGCAAUUUGGAUUCUGGCGACUUCAACACAACGCCAAUUCUGCUGAAUGGGGAGUGAUUUCUCUGACACCAGAGGAAAUGAAGUCGCAGACUUUGCUGCUAGACUCGACCUCACAGUACUGGACACCGAAAACACCUCAACCUUUAGAAGAUAGGCUUGACCCAGAAGCUCUCCGAACGUCCCUUUCACGAAGCUGGUCAACCCCUAAACUCCAUCCGACUCCCAACACCAAAAGCGAGACGAAAAGAAUGGUGUUGACAACGAUGAAGGCCAUCAUUACCUCUUGUGAUAAAUCUAUGCCGCAGUUGAAAAAUCGAGGCCUGCACAGGCCGGCAUACUGGUGGACACCUGAGAUCGCGAAACUCCGGAAAAGAUGUCACAAAUUUCCCCGUCGAAAAAAGAUCCGCAAAACACACCGCUGCGUAAAUACAUACACAAACGAGUAUAAGCAAGCAAAAAAUAAUUUAAGCUGGGCUAUCAAAGCAAGCAAAGUAACGCUGUGGAAAGAAAUCUGCAAUGACCUCGAGAAGGAUAACUGA